CUCUGCAAGUCCAGUGAAUGAUAUAUAUAGGGAGUGGGAGAGGGAGAGGGAGAGACAGCACAGAGACAAGCCAACAAACAUCAAGAACAGCAUGAGUUGAGGGAAUACUACUCAUCCCAUUGCCAUUCCUACACCAAUCUUUCCUCUCCUUUUGCAUGUCAAUUCUGUAGGAAGACAACCCACCUGAAGCUGUGGCAUGCCACUGUGCUCCCUUGCCUUCCAUUUCUUAGGCCAAGCAUUCAUUGGUCGGGCUAUAUGAGAAUUCUACUCGGCGGAGGGGGCAACACAGCUCUACUGCCUUACCUCCAUCGGCCGGCUUCAGUGCGCCGCAGCCUCACGACUGUCGCAGUGGUUCCGGGCAUGUGCCGGAGAUGUUACUCCUCUCAUCAUUAUUGGGUCGAAGGCAAUGAUGAUGAGGGGCGGAAGGAGAGCGUGGUGGUGGUCAUGGGCGCCACUGGGACGGGGAAGUCGAAGCUGUCCAUCGAGCUGGCCACCAGGUUCUCGGGCGAGGUGGUGAACUCCGAUAAGAUUCAGGUGUACCGGGGGCUUGACGUCACCACCAACAAGAUGCCCGUCGUGGAGCGCUGCGGCGUUCCACAUCAUUUGCUGGGAGAGGUUGACCCGGCCGCGGGCGAGGUUUCGCCGGCGACGUUCCGGGAGAUGGCGGCCCGCGCUAUUGCCGGGAUUAACGGCCGCGGCCGGCUGCCGGUGGUGGCCGGCGGGUCCAACUCCAUGGUACAUGCUGCCAUGGCCGGUAGCUACGACCCCGAGCGGAGUCCAUUCGCGGCGGACUGGCGGUGGAGGAGGAAGAGAAGGGAGGGGGCGCUGCGGUACCGAUGCUGCUUCCUGUGGGUGGACGUGGAAGCGGCGGCGUUGGCGGACCAGCUCGACCGGCGGGUGGAGGAGAUGGUGGCGGCUGGAAUGGUGGAGGAGCUGGGCCGGUACUUCGCGGCGGAGGUGGAGUCGGACGCUGGGGAGCUAAGACACCCGGGGCUGGCGAAGGCUAUCGGGGUGGCGGAGCUCCGGGAGUACUUCCGGGGGGAGGGGCGGGGGACGGCGGCGGCGUACCAGGCGGCGAUGGCGGCCAUCAAGGCCAACACGCGGCGGCUGGCGGAGGAGCAGGUGCGGAAGAUCGAGCGGCUGGAGGAGAUGGGGUGGCCGCUUCGGAGGCUAGACGCAACCGCGACGGUGACAGCGCGUCUCGCCGGGUCAGCUACGGAGCAAGCUGAGGCGGCGUGGGAGAGGGACGUGGCGGGGCCCAGCUCUGCGGCGGUGGAGCAGUUCUUGAAGGAAGCGGUGGAAGGCCACCACGCCGUGUCUUCUCAUCUGAUUUAUACUUGAGAUUUUGGUCGGCUGGUGGUUCUUUCCACACACACUCUCUCUCUCUCUCUCUGUCUUCCAAAAUAACAGAAGAAAAGGAAAGGUGUUUAAAGAUCGAAGCUUUUCUUGUUUUACUGGAGAGAGAUUUCUCGCGGGCUGGCCGAGGGAAUCGGUGGGGAAAGAAGGAGACGCCAGUCGAGAACAAGGUCGGCAAAGGGCCUAAUCCGGCUCGGUUUGGGCCGUCUGAGAUAAGCUCGGACCAACCGGUGCGGGGCCGCCUUCGCAAACUUGAAAUGCCCGGCUCACAUCACAUGAUCUCAGAGUCGAAAUGUAGGGGAAUGAACAGGAAUCACCAUUAUCUUGAAUCGUCUCCCACUGCAUGCUGUUGUCACCGAUGGCUUCUUUCUGCUCUCUCUCCUCCUCCUCCUCGUUAAUCUCAUGCCCUCUAUUCCCUUUCUUUCUCGUUAUUUAUGGUUUGCUCCUCCUCUUCUUAUCAAGUUACAAGGUUUCAUCUCCCAAGCUCAUGAUCAUUAAUUUUGAGUGCAUUUAAGCUAACUAACCAUCUCUAAUCCCUAAAAGGAAAUUAGAUUUUCUUUAAAUCCUGUGUGUUUAAAGACGAUGGUCUCUACAGUGGAAAUGACAGUGGAAGCAUCUCCAGUCCAAAGUCGCAUGCCAUGCAAGCAUAGAAUAGUUUGACGAGGACAGACGCUUUCCAUGUCUCCCGUGGGGCUGUGAUUACGAGAAGCGAGCAUCUCAUCGUCGGCGCUGACGACUGAUGUGCGUUGAUGCGACGUCGCCACCUUCUUGCGUCCCAUUCGCCGUCGCCGUGCUUCUUCGAGCCGCUACUACGUGACCUGCACCAAUUUGUACGGUCCUUACGUGGGAGAAGG